AUCAUCAUAUAAUGAAAGAAGAAGUAAUGUUGUGUAUUUAGUACAGUACAGUGUCUGAUAUUUCUGUAGUUUCGUUUCAGGUUUGUUACUUGAAUACGUUUAAUUGGGUUGAGCGAGUCCUUAUGUGUUUCUACAAGGGGAAACUUUGAGGGAUGAUGACUUUAGUCAGUCACCGGCUUUUCUCCGUCUGGAAGCUGAAGCUGGGAAUGAUAAACAUUGGACACAUGACGAUACUUUCUCCACAGAGUCACUGGAGAUUAAUAGGAUGGCCGUUUGUUUUCGCUGCUGGUAAGAAAUACCAGAUUGACCUGCCAGUUUUAGACGAGGAAGACCUUGAGGAACAGUUUGUUCGGGGAUCUGGCCCUGGAGGACAAGCCACCAACAAAACCAGCAACUGCGUCGUGCUUAAACACAUCCCCACUGGUAUCGUCGUGAAGUGCCACCAGACCAGAUCUGUGGAUUUGAACAGAAAACGAGCACGAGAGAUUUUACGUGAGAAACUGGACGUCGCAUACAAGGGUGAGGAAAGUGAACUGCUGAAAAUAAAAAAGGAAUCCAUGCAAAGGAAACAGGACAAACGGAAGAGAGUAAAUGAAAACAUGGAGAAAAAAAGACGAUUUAAGGAGAUGCUCUGCUCAGACCAAGAAGAUGAGAAAUGCUGAGAUUCAUACAAGAAGAUGAGAAAUGCUGAGGUGCACAUGAUUUCAUCCCUUUUUUUCUUAUGAAUUAAACACAAUGGACAGAACCACUUCAACAGUUUAAUCUUUAAAUUAAGAAACAGGGGCUUUAAUAUUUUGUGUACAGUGGAAACUUUAAAGCUUGUGUGUGUAUUUUUGUCCCUGUUUUAUUGAACUGAAAUCUAAGGGUUUUGUUGUUGAGUAUGCAACGUUUGAAAGAUUAAACUGGUUAAUAAACAAGAAUCAAACAGCA